GUUAAAAACUAUAACAUUUAGCAUGAAUGUAACGCAGCAUCAUUACAAUUCCUGUAAUUAAUGACUGCCUUAAUGUGUUUCUUGUUUCAGUAUUAUCUGGAGAUGUUCAUCAGUCCCCCCACAUUAAAGAGGAACAGGAGCAACUUGUCGCUGUGAAGAGCGAAGAUGAUGAAGAGAAAGCUGAGCCACAGCUUCAUCAGAGACAAGAAGAAAACAGCAGCUCAGCCCCACAGAUGGAGAAAGAGAGGUGUAUCCCUCAGUCCACCAGCUGUGGACGACAGGACUUCAGACUCUAGUGAGCCUGAGACUGACAACAGUGAUGAAGACUGGCAGGAGCCAGGGAAACCUCAGCCAGAUCUAAAAAAGAUCAAGAAUAAUAGUGUUCCCAAGGGUAAUAAAGAAGGUAACACUGGUAGGAAGUCUUUGAACUGCUCUAAAUGUGGUAAAACAAUUGAGUCCAAGGACUGUGUGUUGGCAAAAAUUCCUCCAUUCGUUUGCGCCGUUUGUGUUCCAAAACCGUCACAGGUUGCAUGUUUUGUCACAAAUAAGAUAAGUGCCUCAGGGGAAAAAGCAUUUGGAUGUUCAGUCUGUAAGAAACAAUUUGGCUUCAAAUCAGACGCCGUAAGACAUAUGAGGAUUCACACCGGAGAGAAACCCUUCAGCUGCUCAGUUUGCGGGAAUAGAUUCAGUCAAAGCACGGGUCUGAGCUCGCACAUGAGAACCCACACAGGAGAGAAACCAUACAGCUGCUCUCUCUGCCCUAAAAGCUUUAUCCGCAGCGGAGUUCUGGACCGACACAUGAGAGUUCACACCGGAGAGAAACCUUACAGCUGCUCGGUGUGCGACACACGUUUCUCUCUGAGUCAGACCCUGUUGAAACACAUGAGGAUCCACACAGGAGAGAAACCAUUCAGCUGCUCCGUUUGUGAUAAAAGAUUCCUACAACAGGGACACCUGACACAACACAUGACACUCCAUACAGGGGAGAAGUCUUUCAGUUGCCGUGUUUGUGGAAAAAACUUCACUAGACAGUACCGCGUGAAAAAACAUAAGUGUGUUACUGACAGCAGCGGCAGUCAGUGAAACUGCAAAACUGCAACACAAAACUGAAUGUCAUAUGCCAAAGAUAGAUUAGAAGGUUCAGAUAAGAGCAACAUAAAUCUAUUUAAAUAUUCUUUAAAGAAAGAAUUUGUAAAUGCUUAUAUAUUUAUAUUACUGCGUCCACUAAUGUCCACUGAUUACUGUUAAUGACUGAUGACAAUCAUUAUUGAUAAUGUGCCUAUACUUCAUAUUUAUGCUGAAGUUGUACAGAGACUAGUUCUUUGUAGGAUUUGUCCAGCCCCUCCUUAGAGGUGCGGUAGGUAAGUUUGAGAAACCGGCUCGAGAUACACUUUUUGUUAUAUUCCAUGGAAUGUUCUUAA